AUGACAACAGUCAAAACAGUUUGCCAGGGUAUAAUCGCGCAAUUGUUGAGAGAGUGGCGACACCAUGUCCAAAAAAAGUAUCAGAACCAGCACGGCCAGUUCGAUUUCGACACAAAGACAACUCAAUGGUUAGAGGGGUGGAAGGAACUUACACCCGUUCUAGGAUUGAUCAAUGCGCUUGCCAAGACGGAAAAUUUCGUCUCGUGGCGUGGGACCAUGACGUUUACCGGUCCUCCAUCGAGCCCCGGUAGCAGGACUGUCUACACCGGAAAUCUCCAGCUGCAAGCCUGGUGGCAACCUAAGGAAGAUUCUGUGACUACAGAACAGUACAGCUAUCUGGUAGAACUUCCGAUCACCCGCAACAAGGAUCAAAUAAGCCAAACCUUCGUCAACGAUAUGUGGUUUCGACAGGAGUGUAGCGGAAGCAUUGGUGAGGCUGACCUGAACGGCUCGAUCGUCAGUACUGCGCCGAUCGACAGGAACACCGCGUCGACCAUGUGGGGUUCCUCCGCGGAGUCGUUGUCAAUCGAGAUCCAUUUCGCGUUUAUUACUCUGAGAAUCGCAAAGGACGGGGGAGGAAACCCCUGUCACAGCUUUACCAUGAUUUCAGCUCAUGAUCGUAUCGUCAUGCAGCUUUGA